GACAGAAACUGGUUCAUCCUAAGGACAUGGGAUGUAUCCUUUUUACAAAGGAUACUUUGGUAAAAUCUCCUCAAGCCAAACUAAGCAAUGACGUAUAUGCGUUCCAGUGUAGUGAGGACUGCAAUGACCUGUCAACAACCCGUCUAUAACAUGCAGCGCAUGUGUAUUCAACAACCAGAUGGAAGAGUGGAAGAGUACAGCCACUGUUUUUUCCACUUCAGAGGUCCUCAGAGGCCACCGCCGGUGUUACAUAACCUUUCUUGUUUGGACUUUCUUUCCUGUCUCCUCCACCCCUCACCCAGAUAGUGCGAGAAGCACCAGAGCAAACUGUAUUUUUGCAGAGGACUUCUUGAGGCUUCUUAUACUUUAAAUAUGAUUUUUCAAGCAUUUUUUGAGUAUAUGGACUUCACUAGUUGGCUGUUGUUUAGUUUUGUGUUGUUAAUUUUGACUGAUGUGGUCAAAAACUGGAGGCCAUCCAACUUUCCACCUGGACCAUGGGCUGUGCCUUUUCUGGGGAAUGUCUUCACAGGAGUUGACUUCAAGACAAUGGAUAAGCUUGCCCAUGAGUAUGGUCCAGUGUUUAGCUUGAGAAGAGGCAGCGACAGGAUGGUGUUUAUUUCAGGAUACAAGAUGGUCAAAGAGGCCCUUGUUAACCAGCUGGACAGUUUUGCUGAUCGUCCUGUGGUUCCUCUCUUCCACGCCGUCUUCAAGGGUCUCGGCAUAGCUUUGAGCAAUGGUUACCUGUGGAGGAAGCAGAGGAAGUUUGCCAACACUCACCUGCGUUACUUUGGAGAGGGACAGACUUCACUGGAAAAAUACAUCGAAGUAGAAAGCAACUUCUUGUGUGAAGCUUUCAAAGACGAACAAGGAAGACCAUUCAAUCCACACUACAUCAUAACGAAUGGAGUGUCAAACGUCAUCUCCUCUGUCCUCUUCGCACAUCGCUUUGAAUACAGCGAUCAAACUUUUCGUAAGAUUCUGGAGUUGGACAAUGAGGCCAUUGUGCUGGCUGGCUCUGCACUGACUCAGCUGUACGAUGCCUUUCCUGGCUUGAUGCAGUACCUUCCAGGACCUCAUCAGACUGUCCAUGCCAACUAUGAGGAGAUCAUGACUUUCCUGAAAAAGGAAGUAGAGAAGCACCAGGAGGAGUGGAACCCUGAUGAUCCUCGUGAUUAUAUCGAUGUAUACCUGGCAGAGAUGGAAAAAAAAAAGGAGGAUCCCCAAGCUGGUUUCAAUAUUGAAACUCUGCUGGUUUGUACCCUGGACCUGAUUGAAGCUGGAACAGAGACAACGUCCACCACUUUACGCUGGGGCCUUAUAUUCAUGUUGCACUAUCCAGAGAUACAGGAGAAAGUUCAGGCAGAGAUAGAUAGCGUGAUAGGACAGUUUCGUCAGCCUGUCCUGGCAGACAGACCCAACCUGCCCUACACUGAUGCUGUCAUCCAUGAGAUCCAGAGGAUGGGAAAUAUUGUUCCCUUGGGAUUCCCCAAAAUGGCCAGUAAAGAUGCUACACUGGGAGGAUACUUCAUACCUAAGGGAACUGCUAUUAUUACAAUGCUUGGAUCUGUGCUGUUUGACAAGAAUGAGUGGGAGACUCCAGAUGUCUUCAAUCCGGGACAUUUCUUGGAUUCAGAGGGCCAGUUUCGCAGAAGAGACGCCUUCCUGCCAUUUUCAGCAGGUAAACGUGUGUGUUUAGGGGAGCAACUGGCCAGAAUGGAGCUGUUCCUUUUCUUUACAUGCUUGCUCCAACGCUUCACCUUCUCUCCGGUUCCUGGAAAAAUGCCCAGCUUGGAGGGCGUGCUGGGCUUCACACAUUCCCCUGAUGAAUACAUGGUGUUAGCUGUGCCGCGCUGAUUUUCUUCACCUUUUCUCAUACCAGUCAAAGACAAAGCAUUAGCACAAAGCUUCAAUUAAAGCUAUUAAUUAAAGCUUCCAUUCAAAUACACCUAACCUUUGUAUCUAACACUGAUAUAUUGAAUGUAUGAAAAAUGCUGUCUCAUUGUCAUAAAAUGCAUAAAUGUUAAUUACAGUUAUCUUUGGAAAUCUUAUGCAUCCUGACUGGAGUAAGAUUAAAUGUAUGAAUACAUUUAAAAUUAGCUUAUUUGAUUUUGUUCCAACUAAAUGGAAAAUGUAUUCAGUUGUAUGUAAAUGACCACGUGUCUUUAUCUAAAGACAUGUUAACAUAGUAAGAUUUUUCAACAGUAAUCACUUUAUCCUACAGUUCUAUUAACUCAAAUCACAAUUUAUUUUCUUUAACAGGGGAGUGCACAGAACUCUGAAUAAAGUAUGUUUUAUUCUGUGCUUA